AUGGGUAUCACAGAAAAAAUUUCCGAAAUCGAAAAAGAAAUAUCAAGAACACAAAAGAAUAAAGCCACCGAGUAUCACCUUGGUUUAUUAAAGGCCAAAUUAGCAAAAUAUCGAGUACAACUUCUUGAACCUACCAAGUCAGGUGGAGCGAAGGGAGAUGGAUUCGAUGUUAUGAAAUCUGGUGAUGCUCGAGUUGCUUUAAUUGGAUUUCCAUCAGUGGGAAAAUCCACGUUAUUAAAUAAAUUAACCAAAACUCAUUCUGAAGCUGGAGCAUAUGAAUUUACUACUUUAACGUGUAUACCUGGUAAAAUUGAACAUAAUGGAGCAAAUAUACAAUUAUUAGAUUUACCGGGUAUUAUUGAAGGAGCAGCUCAAGGACGAGGAAGACAAGUUAUUGCAGUGGCGAGAACAGCAGAUUUAGUAUUGAUGAUGUUGGAUGCUACUAAAAGUGGUCAACAAAGAACUUUAUUGGAACGUGAAUUGGAAGCUGUAGGGAUUAGAUUGAAUACAGACAAACCAAAUGUUUAUUUUAAAGUGAAAAAGGGAGGGGGAAUUGCAUUUAAUUCUACCAUGAAAUUAACUCAUCUAAAUGAAAAGAUGGUUUAUCAUAUUUUACAUGAUUACAAGAUUUUCAAUGCAGAAGUAUUAGUACGUCAAGAUAUUACGGUUGAUGAAUUUAUUGAUGUAGUGUUAGGGAAUCGUAAAUAUAUAAAAUGUUUAUAUUGUUACAACAAAAUUGAUUCAAUUAGUAUUGAAGAAUUGGAUCAUUUGGCACGUGAACCUAAUUCCAUUGCUAUUAGUUGUGAAAUGGAUUUAAAUUUAGAUUAUCUAGUUGAUCAAAUAUGGAGAAAUCUUAAUCUGCUGAGAGUUUAUACUAAGAAAAGAGGAGAAUAUCCUGAUUUUGAUGGUGGUCUUAUUGUUAGAAAAGGUUCAACCGUUGAACAUGUGUGUCAUGCAGUUCACCGAUCUUUAGUUGAUGAAUUUAGAUAUGCCCUUGUUUGGGGGAUUUCCGCCAAACAUAAUCCACAAAGAGUUGGUUUAUCUCAUAUUAUAGAAAAUGAAGAUGUUAUUCAAGUUGUAAAAAAGAAAUAA